AUGUCUUCUACUAUCGAACAAAACUUUGAAGAGUGCUAUUGUACCAAGUGCAUUAAAAAUUAUAAUGGAUACACCUUAGUGUCAAAGAGAACUGCCCAGCGUCAUGGCAAGAAAGCAGCUUUAAAAGAUGCUAUCAGAAGUGAACUUGCUUUUAUAUUAAACACAGGGGCGCAGAGACAUAUAAUGAACGUUGAUGUGGAGUCUAUUGUAGUCCAAGAAUCUGCAUCUGUAGAAGUUCUUGCACGUCAGUCUGACUUACCUGUUUUGGAUAUCUCCCCUAUGUCAGUUGACUAUGAGGUCCAUGUUGAUUUCAAUGACAUGGACUUUGAGUAUGAGAGCAAUGAGAAUGCCAAAGAUACUGUUGAUAUUGAUAUUAAAGAAGUUGACACUGAAUGUUCAUAUAAAAAUAUGUUUUCAAACAGCAGUAUGUCUGAGAAUCUUGUACACAGAUUCAUCGUAACAUUCACUGUGCUAUUUGCAUCCUGCUACGUGAUCAACAAGGGCACAGUUGUCUUGAUUGAGUUCAUCAACAAGCUCUUGAAAAUUUACGAGCAGGACUUCCAGCUUUCCGCAAAUCUGCCUGGUCUUCAGCAUAUGAGGGGAUUCCGUAAGCUCUCCAAGAGUAUAAGACGAUUUGUGGCCUGCGAGGAUUGCCAUGCAAUUUACAAAGAAAAUCAAUCUGUUCCUCCUCACUGCGUCUUUGUAAAGACAGGUGCUCGUGCAGCUUGUAACUGUGAAUUAACAAAGAAAUCUUCGUCUGGUGCUUUGGUUCCCAAGCGUAGUUUCCAUUACCAGUCCAUCAAAAAUGCGUUCAAGAUUCUUUUUAAUUGUCCAGGCUUCGAAGAAAAGAUACGUAAUCGAUCCUAUCUGAGCCUUAAUCAGAGCAACGUGAUCUUGGGAUAAUUAAUGUAUGAUUAAUUAUAUAAAUGUGUGUAGUCCCAAUGAAGUAUUAACAUCGAAAGUAAAUGUGUUUAUGAGUUAUAAUUAUGCUUAUAAUAAUCCACUGAUGUAUCCCAUAUUAUGGUGAUAUCAUCAUAUGAAAUAUAAUCACUAUCAAGCAUGCUAAAUCUGUGUGUUAAAUAAUAAAGUAAUCGGUAGACACCUUU